AUGGCCAGCAAGGAAGGUGGGCAGGCAUUCGCCCCGGUCCUAGCGGCCGUCGCAACCAUGCAAGGGAACGUGCCUAGGUCCGAGAAGACCCAGGCUCAUGAAUUCCUGGAGAAGUUCCAGAAAUCUAUCGAGGCAUGGACGACCACCCAUGCGCUAUUACAGUCACCCGAUGUGCCCGUAGAGGCUAAAUUGUUCGCGGCGACUACAUUGAAGGGAAAGAUCGUCUUCGACUUGGACCAACUCCCUCCCGACUCGUUACUCGCGCUUCGAGACUCCGUCCUCAAUUUACUCGUGGCGUUUGCCUCGGGACCCCGCCCCAUUCAGACUCAGCUAUGUGUGUGCUUGGCGAGUUUGGCGAUUCAGAUGAUCGCAUGGAAGGACGUGUUGGCUACCGUCGCCUCGGCAUUGGGCAGCAAUGCGGGGGACUGCGUGCUGGAGUUUUUGAAGAUCUUGCCGGAAGAAGUGACAGAGGGUCGCAAGAUUAACCUCAGCGAGGACGAACUACUCGACCGGACAAAGGAGCUGUUGCAAGAUAAUGCGGAGCAGGUCAUGCAGCUGAUGAUCCAGUAUGCUCAAUCGUCGCCUACCGCCGCAACCAACCCGCGUCUUCUCGAUUGUAUUACUUCGUGGCUGCGCGAAAUCCCCGCCGCCAAAGUCGUCGAGUCGCCUUUGAUGGACGUUAUCAUCAAGGCAUUGGAUAAUGAUGUGUCAUUUGAAGCCGGUGUCGAGUGCCUUUGCACCCUCUACCGAGACACCAAGGAUGUCGAUGAGUCUCUACCAAUCAUCCAAGCUUUAUACCCCCGGUUGAUGGCUCUCCGACACAAGAUUGCCGAAACCGCCGAGGCUGAAGACCUGGAGGCGUUCAAGGGUAUUACAAGGAUGUUCGCAGAGGCUGGCGAAGCUUGGGCCGUUCUGAUUGCUCGUUUGCCAUCCGAGUUCCGGGGUUUGGUCGAGGCUAACCUCGAGUGCGCUGCACGGGAUUGGGAACGUGAGGCUGUGUCACUCACUUUCAUUUUCUGGUACGAGCUCAAGCAGCAAAUCACCAUCGAGAAGUUUGUGGAAGCCCGAAUGAAUUUCCAGGAUAUCUUCUCGCAGCUGGUAGACAUCAUGGUCAAGCACCUUGAAUUCCCCAACCCUGAGGAAGGUGAAACCGAUUUGUUCGGCGGUGAUCGUGAGCAGGAAGAAAAGUUCCGCCAGUUCCGUCACUCCAUGGGAGACGUACUCAAGGACUGCUGCGCCGUUGUCAGUGUGCAAGACUGCCUGGGCAAGAUCUACCAGUUGAUCCAGCAAUGGGUGGCCAAGUACGCGUCGCAGGCCAGCAACGAUCACGUUCCCCAUUGGCAGGAACUGGAAGCUCCUCUCUUCGGUCUUCGUGCCAUGGGACGUAUGGUCGAUCCCGAGGAAAACACCAUUCUGAACCAGUUGGUCCCGCUUAUUGUCCAGAUCCCUGACCAGGAGAAGGUGCGGUUCCAGGCCAUCAUGGCUCUGGCUCGGUACACCGAGUGGACCGCCCUCCACCCGGAAACUCUCGAGGCUCAGUUGAACUAUGUCAUCUCGGCCUUCCAUCACUCUUCCCAAGAAGUGGUGCAGGCGGCUGCGCUUGCAUUCAAGUUUUUGGGCACUGACUGCCAGAAGCUGCUGGGCGGCCACAUCGGUCAGCUGCACUCCUUCUUCGAAUCGGUGCUGGACAAGCUGAAGCCCACCAGCCAGGAGGAAGUGACCGAGGGUGUGGCUGCCGUGGUCUCUGUGCAGCCUCUCGAAAAGAUUUACGACUCCUUCAAGAUGUUCUGUGAUCCGAUCAUGGCACGAAUUAUGAACCUCGCCAACAAUGCCCAGGAUGAAGAAGGACAGCGAGCGGUGGCCGAUCAUCUGCAGUUGAUUACCAUCUUUGUGCAGGUUGUUACCCCCAUUAUUCCUUUCGGUGAAGAAAACCCGGCCGUGAAAUACGUCGGCGAGAUCUUGCCCAUAAUGACCACGAUUGUUAUGAACUUUACGUCUUCCACGCCUAUCCUGGAGCGCGUGUGCCGCUGCUGGCGCUACAUGAUCAUCUCGUACCGGACUGCCAUGAUUCCGCUGCUGCCCACUUUGGCCCAGAGCAUUGCCAGUGGAUUCGAGGCUUCCCGCGAGGGUUGCUUCCUUUGGGCCACUGACGCAGUGGUACGCGAGUUCUCUGACGGUGCUGAGUACGUGGAUCAAGCCACUAGUGACGCCGUGUUCCAAUUCUACGAACAGCAAGCCCUUGCAUUCCUCCGGAUUUUGAAUGACCUGCCUCCGGAGAACCUUCCCGAUGUCAUUGAGGAUUUCUUCCGUCUGUCAUCCGACGCUGUCCGCUACUACCCCAAGAAGUGCAUCAGCUCGUCUCUGGCCGUUCCUAUUUUCUCUGCUGCUCUUAGCGCCCUUACCCUCCAGCAGGUCGAUCCUCUCAUCGCCACGCUUCACUACUACCGGGACUUGUUCGGCUUCGCGUUCGACAAGCCCUUGGUUUCCGAGUUCACCAGCCCCGAGGGUGAGCCCUACACAAACCCGCCCGAGGUGCGGGAGGCCGUCAAGGGUCUCAUUGCAUCGCAGGGCCAGCCUCUGGCUCAGCGUGUGUUGACUGGCAUGAUGUUCACAUUCCCUGGUGAUUGCUUCCCGGAUGCCUCGGGUGUGAUGAUGACGAUGUUUGAGCUGCUUCCCCAAGAGACCGGAGCCUGGCUACAGACCACGUUGCAUAUGCUGCCGGCCGGAACCAUGAAGCCGGGCGAGGCCGAGCGAUUGCUCAAGAAUAUUUCCGACAAGGUGCAGUCUGGCGAGACCCGAAAGAUCCGGGUUCUUCUGCAAGACUUCACUAACUCGUACCGCCGCCGCAACGUCGCCCCCCGGGACGGACUGGGCCGCCUGGAGGCAACCCGGUUCCGCUUCAGCGGAUGA